UAUCGUUGAUUUUGUAGCGUCAAGAAAACUCAGAUUUCAUCAGAAUAAACAUAUCUUAUCGCAUUCAAACAACUGUACGAGCCAAAUUCUACAAACAAAUAGUUACUUGGAAAAGUAAUCAAACCGAAACAGACUACAUUUCUAUCUGGAAAAAGUGCGUGUAAAUUGAGACUUUAUCGGAGAUUAUUUGCGCCUGUGUUGGUAAUAUUCACGCAUCAGCGUGGGACAUUGCCAUUUAACGCUUCAGCAAGGAACUGGAAACGCCAAACGGAGUCGCAAGUUUGCAAACCAAGUUUCAACCUCAACGCACACACAGUCUAACUGUUAACGGAAAUCAGUGAUCGAUAAACCAACCAAGUUGCAGAUUUAUUAAUUAAACACAAAAUACUACAAAGAACAAACUGAAAAUGGUUCAGACCGGAAUAUCGUUAAACGAACGCUUCACCCAGAUGCAAUCCAGACAGAAGCUGGAGCAGCAGGCAGUUAAUGCACGUGGACGUCGGAGCCGCUCUCAGAGCCGCAGCCGCAGGAUUGUGGACAGCAAUGCGGCCAUUCCAGUCGUUUCGGCGGCCAAUUCCCGCCUGCUGCAGGAGUUCAAGCGGAAGCACACCGUGCAGACGGCCCUCAAACUGAAGCGCAGAAGCUUACGGAACACUGGCGGCGGCGUACGCGGAGCACGCGUGGGCGGCAUCAAAUCGGUGCGCCUGGCCCCCAAUGGAAAGCCCAUGCGGUCGAACAAUGUGACCCGGGUAGCAACGAUGCGUGCCGAUCUCAUCGCCAACAGCAAUCUGACACGUCGUCGCAGCGGCAGCAGCACACGUCGCUCCUCCUCGGCAGUGGGCGGCCUUCGCCAGCGUCUGGGCAACCGUCGGCCCUCUGUGGGUGGCGCCUCCGAGCGUGUGGAGCGACAUCAGCGACAGCUGAUUAAACAGCAGCAGCAGCAGCAGUAUCAUAUUCAGCAGGCCAGUGGACGCUCACGCAGCCGUUCCCGUUCUCGCCUUCCCCAAGUAAACGCUCGCAAUGACCGCUCUCGCUCGCAGAGUCGCGGACGCAGCGCCGGCCCUCAGUUUAAUCGCACACGCUCGCAGAGUCGCACUCGUGGAGGACGCGAUCGUCGCCAGCAGUCGGGUACUAGGGCUGGACAACAAGCACCCCGUGUUUCGGUCAAGCAGCGUCUGGGUGUGCGGCCAGGCCAGGGCAGGGGCGGUGCUGGAGCUGGAGCUAGAACCAGAGCGGGAGCUAACCAGGCCAAGAAUCAACGCCGUGCACCGAGCAAACUUCGUGGCGUAGCCGGCGGGCGGGUGGAGAAGCGUCGCAAUGCCAAUCCACCGCAGAAGGGAGUUUCAGCUUCCCUCGCCGGACGACGAGGACGUCCACGUGGAAGAUCUGCUGCUAGGACCGCCGCUGCUGCUGGGGGAGGUGCUGCUUCGGGCUCCAAUGGAGCCUCCACACGUCGCUCGCGCUCACGCAAUCGCCCUGCUGCCGCUGCUGUCGCUGCUGCCGCCGCUACCCCGGGAAGGGCCAACAACACACGCAACCGCCGAGGCCGCAGCGCUGGCGCUGCCAAAGGUCCGGGUGCCAAGGGGGCCGCCGCCAACAAAAAUGGUAACAGAAACAAUAGCAAAAGCAAUGCCAGCAAAGGCAAGACCAACAAGGGCCGCGCAGGAGGUGUUGGAAAGCCAGGGCCACAACAGCAACAGGCUCGUCGGGGACGCAGUCGUACUCGUGCUGGUCGUCAGGCUGCAGGUAAAGGCAAGGGAGUCCCACGGGAAGAGGUUAAACGCGAGGAUCUGGACAAAGAGCUGGAUCAGUACAUGUCCACCACCAAAUCCGAAAUGGAUUAUUUGCUAAAGUAAACUCGACUCGUCGUUCUACCAAAGAAGUAGGGAGGCAGAAUCAAAGGAUUCAAUGAUAGAAUAAAAGCAGCAACCACCGGCUUAAGCAGUUUAUGUUUCUCUUAGUUUAAUAAGUUACCAACUAGUUUAUAAUUAUUUUUAAUCCGAUAUACUAAAAAAGAAGCGCUGCCAGAUGCACGCAGACAUUUAUGUUCUCUAAAGGAAAGCUAAGUUUUGUAAGUUUUUCGUGUAAAUAUACUAUGACAUAACUAUGACUGUAAGUUAA